AGUUACACCUGAGAGUAUAUGUUGAGGCGGGACACUGGUGAUCUCACACUCUCACUCUAUCGCUGGCAACCAUGAGACUCGUAGUCUGUUUUCUUUCUCUGCUCACUGUGUUCGGUCCUGCAGAAUGUGGGAAUGUUUUAGUCUGGUUUACUGAGGGCAGUCACUGGCUCAAUCUGAAGAUCGUGUUGAAAACAUUGAUCGACAGGGGACACAAUGUCACAGUGCUGGUUCCGGAUGCCUCUCUCUUCAUGAAAGCUAAAGAAUCGGAUCGCUUCUCAUACCAGCACUUUAACGCGUCCGUGGAUGAACAGGAGACGCGAGACUUCAUUGAUGAAUUUCUGUAUUUCUCAGUGUACGAGACCGAUCAGUUAAACUUACUGCAGAUUCAAAUGAAAGUCUUAGAGUUUACUUCCAAACUUCAGAAUAUGACUAUAUCAUACUGUGACGGCAUUCUUAGAUCGCCAGAGUUGAUGGACAAAUUGCGGAAUGGAAAGUUUAACGUUGUUUUGUCAGAUCCGAUCUACCCAUGCAGCGAUAUUCUGGCUGAAGAGCUAAACGUUCCCUUGGUUUACACGUUCCGAUUAUCCAUUGCUAACGUUGCUGAGAGAAUGUGUGGUCAGUUACCAGCUCCACCAUCAUUUGUUCCUGGAGUCAUGAGUAAACUCACGGACAAGAUGAGCUUUACAGAGCGAAUCAUGAAUAUGCUUUUCUACCUUUCUCAAGAUGUUAUUGCCACUAUUGCUUGGAAAACAUUUGACAGCUAUUACACUGAAUAUUUAGGACGGCCCACAUCAAUUUGUGAGACGAUGGGUAAAGCUGAUAUCUGGUUAAUCAGAACCUACUGGGAUUUUGAGUUUCCCCGGCCAUUCCUGCCCAACUUCAAAUAUGUUGGAGGCCUUCACUGCACCCCUGCCAAACCAUUACCCAAGGACAUGGAGGAAUUUGUACAGAGCUCAGGGGAUGAUGGGAUUGUGGUCUUCACUCUGGGGUCUAUGAUAGACAAAAUGCCUAAAGAGAUAAGCAAUAAGAUCGCCUCCGCACUGGCACAGAUUCCACAGAAGGUUUUAUGGCGAUACGGUGGAGAGAAGCCAGAUACUCUUGGUGAAAACACCAGAAUCUAUAAGUGGAUCCCUCAGAAUGAUUUAUUGGGUCACCCCAAAACCAGAGCAUUCAUCACUCAUGGAGGCACUAACAGCAUAUAUGAGGCCAUAUAUCAUGGAGUUCCAAUGGUCGGAAUCCCCUUGUUUGGUGACCAGCCUGAUAAUUUGGUUCAUGUGAAGGCCAGAGGGGCUGCUGCUGUUAUAGACAACAUCAAGACCAUGGAGCCGCAGGACCUGGUGGAUGGACUCAAUGCAGUCAUUAAUGACUCCUUGUAUAAAGAGAAUGUUAUGCGUUUAUCCAGGAUUCAUCAUGACAGACCAAUAAAGCCUUUGGAUGAGGCUGUGUUCUGGAUUGAGUUCGUCAUGCGCAAUAAAGGUGCUAAACACCUGCGUGUCGAGGCCCACAAUCUUACCUGGUACCAGUACCACUGUCUGGAUGUGUUCGCUUUUCUCAUCACUGUCCUGACUGUAGUCCUCUACGUCUUCUUUAAAAUGUGCAAAUUCUUCAUAAUUCGUUGCUGUUUUAGAUCAAAGAGUAAAAAAAGCAAAAAAGAGUGAUGAAGCUUUUUGCUCGCUUUGAGCAAUCUGUAUGAUGCAUUUUUAUUUUUUAUUUUUUUUACAUGCAUUGAAAAGUAGGUAUGAGGUCAUGUCAAUGCACUAGUAAUCCUGCGUAUUCAUGUUUAAAGAUGUCGCAAUUCAUGUUUUUUGCAAACGUUAAUAUUUUAGUUUACUGUAAAGUUCAUCUGUGAAAAUGUUGCCUUGUUAAUCUGCUCUGGCUGUUUUAUGUCUUGAGUCAUACAAAAACAAACAAACAAUAGGUUUACAUCUUUCUGUCAGACAUUAAAACUAAACAAAGAAUAAAUAUGCACUUGUUUUCCCUGCUGAAAAAACAACAACAAUAGAAACCAUAACAGAAAUCCUAAUGGUUUCCCUUACAAAAUCAUUACAAACCAUCAACCAUUAAAACCAUUACCAAAUGGUUUCCAUUACGUAGUGUGUUUUGGGUAUAUUCCAUUAGGACUUAUUGGUUUGUAUAGGUUUCCAUUAGAAAUUUGUAUUGGUCCUGAUUUGCACAUAAUGGUUUCCAUUGCAGUUUUGUAUCGGUUCUGAUGGUUCCAUUUAAAAAUAAAAAAAAAAAACAAUAGAAACCAUCACAGAAAUUUUAAUGGUGUCCACUACAAAUACCAUUACAAACCAUCAACUUUUAACCAAUAAAACAAUUACCAAAUGGUUUCCAUUACGUAGUGUGUUUUGGGACAAAUUCCAUGAAAAUUUACUGGUUUAUAUUGGUUUCCAUUACAGAUUUGUAUUGGUUUUGAUCUGCACGUUUUUAACGGUUUCCCUUACAGAUUUGUAUUGGUUGUGAUUUACACAUUUUUAAUGGUUUCCCUUACAGAUUUGUACUGGUUUUGAUCUGUACACUUUUAAUGGUUUCCACUGCAGUCAGGUGCACAGGCAGCCAUUAAAACCUGCUGAUCAUGUUAAUUAUAAUAUCACAAUUAUUCAUCGGUUUGGAAAGAAACACCCUCAAGAACAUAUAUUUUGAUAAACUGUUGCCAAAACAACAGUAGAAACUGUAAUCUAAAAUCAUAAUUAGUUAAUAUUGUAAAGACUUGCAUUUACCACCUUUUUGCCUCAGGGUGUGUUUUUCCGAAGUAAAUUAAUUGACCAUGCACAUAAAAUCAAAACCAUAAAAAUGAUUAAUCUCAUGCUUCAGAGGGAAAUAAACAUAAAACACAACAAGUUUGCAUUUAAAAAUAAAGAAAUGUGAAAGUGUAUUUUCUGGCUUUCAGCCGGACCUGCUGAUUAAACCUGCAAAAAAAAAAUAAGCAAGCUUCAUUG